AUGACUCGAGGGUUGCUGUUGUGGCGGGGGCUAGUAAUAUUUUAUCGGUAUCAGUACCGGUCUAUCGUUCCAAUCUCGUUCACUGCUGAGAAGGGAAAGGUCCAGGCCCUCAUCAAGGCUGAGCCCAAGUCGGCGCCUAGUCUGGCAGAGCUGAUGACUGGCAACACUCUGGGUGCACUCCUAGACUGGGAAGCGGAGACAACGCCGCCGCGCAACACGGCCUCCGCGCCUACCUGCACCGCCCGCUGCCUCUGCCUGUUUUGGCCGGCGCUGAGAAAAGGGGGUAGGGGGGAUCGGGCCAGGCUGCUACCCCCGCUCGAUGAGCUGGUCAGCAUCACCCGCCGGAUUGGCUCGCGGCCGGAUUUGUCUGUUAUUGACGAUAUGUGGAUGCCACGCCCGUGGAGAAGGUGGCUGAGGAUUGGAAAGACGAACGCCCCGAGCCAUUCCCUCCCGUACUGCACGCGAGCCUGGCUGCUAGGACUGGCUCAUCGCAAGGCCCUUGACCCGAGUUGCCCCAAUACGCCUCUACACAAUACGGAGGGCGGGUCUCGCCACCUCCUUUCCGUCUGCGACAUAUCCGCGCUCCUCCGAACACAGGUUGAAAAGGACCUCGAUGACGGUUGCCGGUACCUUGAUAUGUACGGCAUGUUCGGCGCUAUCGGGGCCUUGUUCAAGAUGACUUUGGCGGGGUACGGGUACACAUUCGUCGCCAAAGGCGUUCAAGAGGUUGAUAACGAUGCUCUCAAAAGAGAAUCUGAGGUAUAUCCUGGAUUCAUUCAUUUUCAGGGGCGCUUCAUACCGGUAUACCUGGGCAUGAUGGACCUCGUUCAGCCGUACGGGCUCACCAGCGGCGCCAUGUAA